GAGCACCACCGAUACGUUAUCGAAUCUGCAUGAUUUUCUUCGGUUUUCCUAAAGUUGUUUCUCGGUCUUUUUGCAAUUUUGUAAAUAUGUCGAAAAGCGCUCUGGUUAUUCUGGCUCCCGGGGCCGAGGAAAUGGAAUUCAUCAUAGCUGCCGACGUUUUGAGGCGUGCAGGGAUCAAGGUCACCGUGGCCGGAUUGAACGAUGCGGAGCCGGUGAAAUGCUCCCGGGACGUGCAAAUUCUCCCGGACACCUCGCUCUCCAAAGUAUCCUCCGACAAGUUCGAUGUGGUGGUUCUGCCUGGCGGACUGGGCGGCUCCAAUGCCAUGGGAGAGUCCUCGCUGGUGGGGGACAUCCUGAAGAGCCAGGAAUCCGGCGGCGGACUCAUCGCCGCCAUUUGCGCGGCUCCCACGGUUUUGGCCAAGCACGGAAUCGCCUCUGGAAAGUCCCUUACCUCAUAUCCCUCAAUGAAGCCGCAGCUCGUCGACAAAUACAGCUAUGUGGAUGAUAAGAACGUGGUUCAGGACGGGAAUCUGAUCACCAGUCGAGGCCCUGGAACCGCUUACGAGUUUGCCCUCAAGAUCGCCGAGGAGUUGGCAGGAAAACCCAAAGUCCAGGAGGUCGCCAAGGGCCUCCUUGUUGCCUAUAAUUGAAUGAAGACAAGGAAUCCGAGACUCUCGGUUGUAAUUUAUUAAAGUUAUAUUGAUCUAUACCAUUGAUGUAAUCAAGGACUGCAUUAAAAUAGUGAAACGCA